CCGUGCAUAUUGUUUGUAGGAACCAAUGGGAUGUUACUAUUGAGGAAAUCCCUCCUCCUUGAAACCGAAAGAAGAAGCGCUCUCCGGUUGGCCGGGAAGGCUGGCGGUAUUUCCUUCUCUGGGUUAUCUGUAAAACGUGCUGCUGCUCUGUGUGAAGAGCUAACAGCUAGGUCAAUACGGGAAAGGUGGACCUGGAAAAGCUUUUAAGAUGUCCUACUCGUCAUCACGAAGCUCCUCGCGCAACACUGACUGCAAGGUGUAUGUAGGUGACCUAGGCAACGGUGCUGCCAAGGGGGAGUUGGAACGGGCGUUCAGCUACUAUGGACCUUUGCGCAGUGUCUGGGUGGCCAGGAACCCACCUGGUUUUGCCUUUGUCGAGUACGAAGAUCCCAGAGAUGCUGAGGAUGCGACAAAGGGCAUGGACGGCAAAGUGCUCUGUGGUGCCCGCAUAAGAGUGGAGUUGUCAACGGGUAUGUCUCGCAAGUCGCGCCACGACCGCCCCAGCCGCCGGCACUUCGACCCCAACGACCGCUGCUACCAAUGUGGCGAGAAUGGCCAUUAUGCAUAUGACUGCUAUCGCUUUAGCAAGAGGGGUGGUGGCCGCCGCAGCAGGUCCCGCUCACGGUCAAGGUCCAGGGGAAGGCGUUACCGCUCACGCAGCCGAAGCAACGGCCGCGACCGUAGAUCUGGGUCCCCAGCACGUUCCAAGUCCAGAAGUCCAGUGCGCAGGUCGUCCAGAAGUCCAGUGCGCAGGUCGUCCAGAAGUCCAGUGCGCAGGUCGUCCAGAAGUCCAGUGCGCAGGUCGUCCAGAAGUCCAGUGCGCAGGUCGUCCAGAAGUCCAGUGCGCAGAGCAGCAAGUCGCUCUCGCUCCCGCUCCCGGUCCGUGUCCCGCCCCAGGGCGCGCAGUGUCUCCAGAUCUCGCUCCCGGUCCAAGUCCCGCUCAGCCACCAAGAGGGACAGUCGAUCCAGGUCUCCGAGCCAGAGGAAAAGCCCCACUCCUGAUGCCGACUGACCAUGGGGGGGUGAGACCGCUCCCUGCUCUCUCCUGUUCCGCUGUCCCCGUUUUCCUCGGGGCUUGAAGCCAUUUUACACCCUUGUCUAUGUAUUUGAUUUCUUUCUCCUGUCAUUUUUUAAAUUUAUCCCUUGCUUUUCAUCCUCAGGCUUUGGCAUUAUUUCAUCUGUAUGUACUAAGGAUUCCUAAACUCCUUUUUCCAUCAUGUACAUUUCAAUAGCUCGUUUUACAGUAUUUUAAAAAAUAUUUUUGCGUUCUGUGCGUUUUACUCUAGUUUGUCAUUUUUAUUUUUAUUUUUAAAGCUAAAUGAUUUGGGGUUUUAUUUCAUUUUCAAUGUAAAUGGCGGGAUCUUUUUAAUAAAAUGAAUCUUUACACUAA